AUGAGCUCGCCUCCAGUUCGUAAGGUUUUAGCUACUCUAUUGAGGGACCCAGCCAAUGGGAACUGCGCAGAUUGUAAGACGGCUACACACCCAAGAUGGGCAUCUUGGUCUUUGGGGGUAUUCAUUUGCAUACGAUGUGCUGGGUUUCAUCGUUCUUUGGGGACUCAUAUCUCGAAAGUGAAAUCUGUGGACCUUGAUACGUGGCAAGAGGAUCAUUUACGGAAAGUUGUGGAAUUUGGGAAUAAUGCACAGGCCAAUGCCUUCUACGAGUCCAAGCUCGAGGAGACCACACCGGAUCCUUCAAAACUGGGUGAUUUUAUUAGAAACAAGUAUGAAUUGAAACGCUGGGAGGGCCCAGCAGGGUUGCCAAAAAAAUCGGUAAAUGUUGAAAAAUCAAACAACAGCACAACCAAUGGUGUGAGUGGGACAAAUACUUUGCAAGCGCUUUCUGGAAGCACCACAUCAACAAAUAGUUCGAACACUAAUUCAUCUGCCAAAACUACGCUUCUGAGUCGUUCCGCAACCCCGUCACAAGUUGAUCUCAACUUGACUGCACCCCCACCCCGCACAGCAUCGCGAACCACUCCUCGUGAACUCAAUGGGCGACCAGACUUGAAGAAAUCUAUUUUGUCGUUGUAUUCCAAACCACGAAACUCAUCUGCAAGCGUCGCUAGCGUUCAAAGUGGUGUGAGCUUGCCGAGUUCCAACAACAACUCGAAUAUUUCGAGUCCCAACGCAACCCCGGCCCCAUCGCUCGAAGAUAACGAGCUAUUUCAAAAUGUGUGGUCAUGA